UUUUCUUUACAUUUUUGUUUUGUUCUGUAGUACAUUUGCAUGUUUUGUUAUAUUUGCACACAGAUUAUUAUUCAUGCUUGUACUUUUUCUUCAAAAGUUCUUGUACUGAGCAGAGCUGCAUGAUUUAAAGUGCAUCACUUUCUGGAUCUGAAGGCAAAAGAGAAACAGAUUUCAGAAGAUUAUCAGUGAAUAAUGCGCUUUUAGGAGUUUGUCAGCUGUGUUCUCAUUAUAAACUAUGAAAGAAAGCAUAACAGAAAGAGUACUCAGAUCAGAUCUGUCUGUUUGCAGUGGAGUGUGUGUGUGUGUGUGUGUGUGUGUGUGUACACCAUGUCUCAGUAUCUCCUCACUGAAGCACUAAAUCGGGUGACAGCUGUUGUGUGGGAUCACGAGUCCGGAGCGCAGAUCAUUAUAAACACACUCUCUCUUCAUCUGUUUGCUGGGUAAUUCAGGAAAGAAGCGAUGGCCCGUAAAUUGAGCAGGAAAGAGUAUCUGUCGGUCAAGGACCUGGAGAAAGUUCUGGACUCAUGUAAGUUAAACUUGCACCAAAUCGAUGAGGUCUGGCCAAACCUGUACAUCGGGAACGUAGGAAUAGCACAGAACCGAAGUGCGCUGCAGAAUCUGGGCAUCACUCACAUUCUGAACGCCGCUCACACCAAGAGAGGAAGCAUCGCGGACCAGAACUACUACGGCACUAGUUUUGUGUACUGUGGGAUCCCCGCUGACGACUCCACACACUUCGAUCUGGACGUUUACUUCAAACCGGCAGCAGAUUUCAUUCACAAAGCUCUCAGCACUCCUGACGGAAAAGUUCUGGUGCACUGCAUCAUGGGAAUGAGCCGCUCCUCGUCGCUGGUGCUGGCGUACCUGAUGCUGUAUCACGACAUGCCUCUGCACACGGCCAUACGGCGCGUCAUCCAGAAACGAGCCAUCUAUCCCAACAGGAACUUCCUGGCUCUGCUGCUGGACCUGGACCUGCAGAGGAAGAGGAAGCACAGACGAUGUGUCCUGCUCUGAGCAAACACGAUGAACGGUCACCAUACAUACAAGUGCUUCAGUUCUCCACAAUGAGUACCAGAACAUACAUGCAAUCAAUAUGUGAUGCCUACAGUAACCUGGAGCUUGGACCAAUGAGAUCUGAUGGUGGGCGGAGCUUAUGCACAAGAAAAAGUCAUUUUCUUUUCUUAAAGGAAUAGUUUACCAUUUGUUUAAAAUGUCCUCACCCUCAAGUCAUCCAAGA